AAGCCACCCACCUACAAGUGUUACUCUUAAUCAAUGGACAUCUCUAAUUGACAAGAAGUGGAAUAGUAAAGAAUUCAUGGAACAAUCACUAACUAAUGUGAAUAAUAGGAUGCAAAUGAAAACAAAACAUAGAUGUGGAUCAAAAUCAAUCCCGAUAAUUGCAAAUGGAGAAGUUCCUGAUUUGGCAAAGUUUUACAAGUCCAUCCACUAUAAUUCGAACACACAUGAAUGGAUUUCGUCGGAGAGCCAAGCUAAUUAUGACAACAUGAUAAAGACGCAAGCCGAACACCUCUCGCAGACUGGUGUGAUCCCUUUAAGCCAAGAGGAGUUGUCAGUUAAGGUACUUAAGCCAAGGUCAGGUUAUGUGAAAGGACUCGGCUUGAGGCCUUCUUCUUCUAUGAAGACUACUGUUGUACCUGCUGAAAAUAGUGACUAUGUUCAACGCCUUGAGAUGCAAAUAGCACAGCAAAAUGAACAAAUAGCAAGGUUUCAAAAGUCAGAGAAGAAACAAAGCAAGAAGAUACAAAGUAUCAUAGAGUGUUUGACGCAGAAAGGUAUCACGGGAAAUUUUGAGAAUGGGGAAAGUUCAGAUUCUGAUGAACAAGCUUCUUGAUUGGAGAUGAACGAAUUUGAUAACCUGCAUAGCAAGAGUUUUUUGUUGAUAUUACCAGACACAUCCAUCAUAGUGUAGUUGUACUUUUUGUUGAUAUUACCAAACAUGUAUUUUGACUAUGUUGUUGUGGGUUAUGAUUAUAUUGUGAUGGAUCUUAUCUUUUUGUUGA